AUGGCAACCGAUAUUUCUGAUGGGACUGAUGUGAAUCUAACACCAUCACAAGAAAAUCCAGCGCCAAAUCCAGAUGACGAUUCUCCGCUGACGUGGCGUGAAAGAUUCAAGCAUUUCUUUUACACUUGUUGGAGGGGUUUGGUGUGUGUGAUAACCCCUCUUAUUUUGAUACUGAUUCUGAUACCAUUCCCGCCACAGAAGUACCAAUGGUGUGCUUACACACUGUGCUUGAUGGCAGUGUACUGGGUGACGGAAUGUAUCCCGCUGGCUAUAACGUCUUUUAUACCAGUCUUUAUAUUUCCGCUGACUGGAGUCAUGGACACGGCUGCUACUUGCAAGUGCUAUAUGAAUGAUACAAUACUAAUGUUCCUUGGGAGUAUGAUACUGGCAAGUGCUGUAGAGCAAUCUGGUCUUCAUAAGCGCUUAGCUCUAUGCGCCAUAAGAGCUAUUGGAUAUUCCCAUUACAGGCUGCUCUUCGCUAUGUGUUUCAUCACGAUGUUCAUAUCAAUGUGGAUCACAAACACUGCUGCCACAACUAUGAUGGUGCCCAUAAACUUUGCGGUACUGCAGGUCUUUGAAGACCAAAACCUAUUAAAGAUAUACGAAGUAAACAGCAAUGGAGAAACGAUCGCAUCUGAUUUAACGACCUGUUACUUCUGUGCUACAACUUUUUCGGCUACUAUAGGAGGCAUUGGAACGCUUGUCGGCACAGCUACAAAUCUGGUCUUUAAAGGUCUAUUUUCUAAAGCAUUUCCAGACGCUCCCGAAUAUCUUUCCUUCCCAAAGUUUUCCGCAUUCGCCAUACCGUAUAUGCUUUUAAUGGAAAUAGCUAUGUAUUUUUACCUAUUAGUCAUGUACUUUGGAUUUUUGAGACCAAAAAGCGAUGAAGCAAAAAAAUCUGUAAUACCGCCAAAUGGUAUAGAAGCUGCUAAAAUUGCCGUAUCUGAAGAUUGGAAAAGGCUGGGACGAAUAUCAUUCUGGGAAAUCAUGGUGAUAGUAUUGUUCAGUGGUGCUAUUAUUAUGUUUUUUUCGCGACACCCGCAAGUUUUUUACGGGUGGGGUGAUUUGGUUUCGGAUACAUUUAAUUUAAAUAAUGAGAAGUUUGUAUUAGAUUCAGCUGCUGCUAUACUUAUUGGAUUUUUAAUGCUGCUCUUACCUUCUACCUUGGGUAUCUUCAAGAAUUGUACAGCACAAAGUUACGAAGAAUUGCCAAAGACACCAGUGCCAUCAGUGUUAAAUUGGAAAAGGAUGAAUAAUACUAUGCCUUACAGUUUUAUGUUUCUUUUAGGUGGUGGAUUUGCCCUGUCUGAAGCCGCCAAAAAAGAAUAUUCUGACUUAAAUGGCAAAAUAGGAAUAGUUUUGAGAAAUUUAAGCAGUUUGCCAAACAAUCUGAUAAUUCUCAUUAUCAUCAUCUUCACAGUUGCCAUAACUAAUUUUGCUUCCAAUGUCGCCGUUUGUAAUGUCGUAACACCAAUAGCGAUGCAGUUGGCAAAAGAGAUCGAUAAAAAUCCUUUGUGGUAUAAUAUUGCUUCGGGAUUUUCGGCUUCGUACUGCUUCUGUUUGCCAGUUGGAACUCCUGGAAAUCUCAUUGUGCAAAGUUCUGCUAAUAUACCCACAGCAAAAAUGAUUAAAGCUGGCGUAGGGCCAACAAUCAUCAGUAUAAUAUUUACUUGGAUAUCAGUAUGUUUUUGGGCACCUGUUAUUUGGACAGACCUCAAGACAUCUUUGUACAAGUGGAUAAUUUAA